AAGUAAAUAGGCCUGGAAAGUGGAGAAAUAUACAGGAAGAGCAGCCUGGGAGACGUGGGGAGAGCACAGGGACAUUCUGUUCUGUUACAUUAUGCAGCAGAAAAUCACCAUAAUUGCAUAAAAAGGACAAGAAAAACAGAGCAGGAGACUAUAUUUUUGAGGAUAUGGCAGAUCAUGCAUCUAAUGGGAUGACACCAACCGGUCCAAGUCACAGUCUAGAGCCCUUACAUCUUACUGUGGAAAAUGUGACUAAACUGGAGCUUGAGUAUCAGUCUGUAGAAGGAUUUCUCUCUGGAAGAGAUGAUGCAGAAAAGUACAUCAUGGUGUCACAGUGGUUGUCCCAGGAUGGGGGGAAAAGCACAGCGGCAGCAUUGCCACCAGAAGCAAAUUCUGUACAUUCAAUUGAAGACCAAAAGCCAAAUGUUCAGAUGAGAACACAAAUGGAAAAAAUACUCAGUCCAGAAGAGCAUAAGAGCAAAACACAAGAUAGUAAGAUCACUGUGACAACAAAUGAUUCAGCAGUAAAGAAAGAAAGAAUGAAUAGGACCACGGCUCUUGUGAAAGGAUGUACUUUGGAGAGCAGAAAAUUAAAGGCUAAAAGUGUUGAGACGCAAACAGAUUGGAGCUGGCAUACAAUACCCUCACCACGUUUUAUUAAAAAUGAAAUUUCUGAAACAGAAGAUACUAAUGCAGAAGUUAUAGCAGCAAAGGAGACAAGACAAUCUUUCUCUGAAAACACAUCUGAAAUAAAGUCUCCAGAUUCAGAAUGUGAAGAGGAACUUGUAGAAUCAGAGCUUCCAUUAGAUGAUAAAGAUGAUAUUCAAAGAGAAAGUGAAGGCCCGGCAUUGUGUACAUUCUGUCACCAAGCAGAAAAAGCCUUACCAACAGUUGAUCAACUUGCAUCUGAACCUGUGGACAUGCUCUUUUGCUGCCUGAAGUUCCAAGAAUUAUUUCAGCAUCUUAUCUCAGAAAUUAUUGAGUCACAAAGUUCAGAGGAAACAGAUGAAGCCGCAAACAUGAAUUUAUUUACUUCCAUUAAGGCAGACGAAAAAGCAGCAAAGCAACUGAAGGAAAAGCUGCAAAAUGAAGAUCUGGAGGACUACAUAUCAUCAAUCGCAAGGCAUGUCAGUCUAUUUGGAUCUCUUUUUGCAAUGGAGACUAUUUCUUUUACAUUGACGCCAGAAGACAAUAGUGUCUUAAAAUAUGUUCAACCAGAUGGUCAACAUUCCUAUUCCUCUGAUGUCUUUGAUGCCAACAGUGCAUUCUGUUCUCUUCCCAUGGUGUGCAAGGACAAUGUUAAGAAAUGUUGUGAAACUGCCUCAAACCUUGACUCAACGGAGGACAAAUUUAUUAUUCAGUUUCCAAAUGGAACGGGACAGAUCUUCUAUCCAUCAGGAAAUACAGGUAUCCUGAUAACGUGCUGCAGCCCAGCCCAAUACACGUUUAUCAUCUUAGAGGAUUCUCAGCAGAACCCACAGAUUCAAGCGGUUUUCAUGAGCAAUGGUCAUGCCGUUUGCUACCAUCAGAAUGGCUUUAUUUGGACAGUUCUCGAUCCCUUUGGUGGUUCCUACUUUAAUGAAAAUGGAAUACGACAGAAAGCCUGGAGCUGGUGGGAUUUUAGCCAUCAUGUUCAUGCCCCUCCAUUUCAACCCAUCACCAUGAGUUUAAACACAAACACCGAGGUCAAAGUCAUAAGUCAAGAAAACAUUGAGCUGACAUUCUCUAGUAAGGACAAAAGAGUGACUUUUAAUGUGGGAUCAAAACUAAUGGUAAAGGAUCAUCAGAAAAUAAUUCUAUGGAAGCAGAGGAUCAGGGAGGAAGAGAACUAUCUUUAUUUAAAAAGGCAGCAGAUCUCUGGACUCCUGAGGAACAUCAGCACUUUAGUAAGAGACUUUGCUAAUCACUGUGGAAGAAAAGACUUCAACGACUAUGUCACUCAACUGCAUAAAACAUUUAGGUACACUAGAAAACUUACGGACAAGCACAAAAAUGACCAAGGAAUGCUUCCAAAAGGUUCAAAGAAGUAUCACGGCAAUAAAAAAACACCAGUGGUUACGUGAAGCAAAUGCAAAUGCAAACAGGCCCAGAUUUGUGGAAAUGGCACAAAAGUCCAGGCCUAGGAUGGUAUUCAGCCCUGCUGCAUCUAAAUUGGGUCUGAAGUACUGGGGAUGUGCAGGUGAUUGGAUUUCUUCUGUGCACCAACCCCCAGUGGAACCUAGGAGCUUCUGCUAGUUAAAGGGAUACUGUCAUGG